CAUGGGAGGUACCAACACUGGAUCGGCCAUUUCCUUUUUGCGGAAGACCAUGUUUACCGUUGCAAACGGCGACCGACCUGGGGUACCAGAUGUGGCCAUUGUUGUGACGGAUGGGAAGUCCAAUGAUCCAGUUUCAACUUUGACGGAGGCCCAGUUGGCGCAUGAUGCCAACAUCACCUUGGUCGCUCUCGGAAUAGGAGGCGGGGUAGACAGUAAUGAACUUAACAAUAUCGCCUCGGAUCCUGAUAGCGAGAAUGUGUAUGAGGUGGCUGAUUUCGAUUCUUUGAGCACUAUUGUGGACUCUCUGACAUCGUCAACUUGCGGAGUGGCAGGACCAGUGACAGCAGGUGGUGGCAAUGGGACAUCUGGGAGUGGACCUGGCCCUGCAGUCACUACGGUAGCAGUUUCAACCACACCGGCCCCAGCCUGCAGGUCUAACCAACGCGCUGAUAUCGUAUUUGUCCUCGACUCCUCCGGAAGUAUCGGAGGUGAUAACUUCGUCAAAGUCAAGCAAUUUAUUGCUGAUGUCGUUUCUAAGUUCGACGUUGGGGGUGCGACAGUAAGGAUCGGUCUCGUGACGUACACAUACAAAGCUAGGCUACAAUUCCACCUGAAUGCUUACACCAACUUAGCAGACAUUCUGACCGCUAUUCAGAAUGUACCCUACAUCACUGGGAGUACCAAUACAGCCUCUGGAAUAGCGUACAUGAGGGAUGUGAUGUUCACCGCCCCGAAUGGAGAGAGGACGGGCGUACCUAACAUAGCCAUCGUUAUUACUGAUGGGAAAUCCCUCAGCAUGGACUGGACCCUAGGCGAUGCCCAGGCGGCGAAGGAUGCAGGCAUCACCCUAUUAGCACUUGGUGUUAGCAAGUCCGUCUUCAUGGAUGAGAUAAAUGGUAUUGCCUCCGACCCCGACUCUGACCAUGCCUUCUCUGUGCUUAAGUUUGAUGAUUUAGGAACUUUAGUCCAGGAUGUCGCGGAUAGUGCCUGCGAAGCCAUACCCGAGGGGAUUACCGGAAGAAGAAAGAGAAGGCCAUUUUGGUCUUUCAGUAAAGAGACAACGACGACAAAGCCUAGCCCAGUGACAGUGCCUGUACCGAUGUCCGGAACCCCGGUUUGCGUGACGUCACAAAAAGCUGAUAUAGUUUUCAUGAUGGAUUCAUCUGGGAGCAUUCAGCUCAUCAACUUCGUCAAACUAAAACAAUUUGUCCAUGACGUCAUCGACCAUUUCGACAUCGGACCAUCCGGUAUAAACGUAGGUGUGAUGACGUUUGGAUUCUAUCCAAUCUUGCAGUUCAAUUUGGACGCCUUUACCUCCAAAACCGACAUUCAGGAUGCCAUCAUGAAGACGUGGUACAUUCCAGGUUUUACCAACACAGCGGCUGCCAUUACGUACAUGAGGCAGACGAUGUUCACUGCCAGUAAUGGCGAUCGUAGCUCCGCACCGAAUAUUGCUGUAAUUAUCAGUGAUGGAAAAUCCAGCGACAAAUCUAAGACUGUCGCUGAGGCCGCACUUGCAAAGGCCGAUAACAUAACAAUGAUUGCCAUUGGAGUUGGAAGCGAUGUCGAUAAGCAGGAAUUGGAUGACGUUGCGUCGGAUCCUGAUUCAAACCACUCCUUUGACGUUGCUUCAUUUGAUGGACUGGCCGCUCUCAAUAUGUUGAUUGCUCAAACAACUUGUAAUGUGGCUGCGCCUCCAACUUCGACCUGCUCUACCACUGAACGAGCCGACAUCGUCUUUGUGAUGGAUUCUUCGGGCAGUAUCGGCCGCUCCAACUUUAAAACAAUGACACAAUUCGUCCAUGAUGUGGUUGGCACUUUCAACAUCGGAGUAUCCAAUGUCAACGUCGGUCUCAUGAAAUAUGGCUUCCAACCAGCUUUAGAGUUCAAUUUGAACAAAUACACGACGAAAGCAGACACUCUAGCUGCUAUUUUGAAUAUCAAAUAUAAAUCUGGUUUUACAAACACCGGUGGGGCCAUCGCGUACAUGCGGACGAGUAUGUUCACUAAUGCUAAUGGUGAUCGUCCUGGGGUGAAAAAUAUCGCCGUUGUCAUCUCCGAUGGGAAUUCCCGUGAUUCUGCAAGCACUGUCCUAGAAGCUGCUCUAGCUAGAGAUGCCAACAUCACCAUGAUAGCUAUUGGCAUCGGGUCCAAAGUCGACCAGCAGGAGUUGAACGACAUUGCCUCAGAUCCGGAUAGGAAAUAUGCUUUUGACAUAUCAACAUUUGAUGCACUUGGUACAUUCAAGGACACGCUUGCGGAGACCACUUGUAUUGCUGCUGCGGUUCCUACCACUGUAGCACCACCAACAACUACACCAACGACAACACCCACCACAAUACCAACGACAACUUCUACCACUACGCCAAGUACAACCUCAACUACGCCUAGCACUACACCCGGUACGACGCCAACCAGUACAACUCCAACGACGACAACUCCGAUUCCAACCAUUGAAGCCUGCAUUGGUAACGUCGCCGAUGUGGUCUUUGCCGUCGAUGCAUCGGGAAGUAUCGGACAGAUAAACUUCCAAAAAGUCAGGAAGUUCCUUAACAACAUCAUAUCCGUCUUCGACAUCGCAUCAAAUACAACCAGAGUUGGCCUUCUCCGAUACAGCGACAUCCCGGUUUUAGAAUUCCAUAUGAACUCCCAUCUAAACAGACCAGAUGUGCUGACUGCGGUUUCUAACAUUGGUUACUACGGAGGAGGCACCAGGACAUCUGACGCGAUCAAAUUCAUCGUUGACCAGUCAUUUACCGCCUCAAAUGGCGACAGACCAGGAGUGCCGAACAUUGCCAUUAUCAUCACUGACGGCAAAUCGAAUGACCAGCUUGCCACCAGGCUUGAAGCAGAUCGAGCUAGAGCGAAUGGAAUUACGUUAUUUGCUGUUGGCAUAAGCAACGCUACUAACCCUGGGGAGAUAAGCGACAUAGCCGAUGAUCCUGAUGCGAAGUUCGUAUUUACUGUCGAGGACUUUGAUGCGUUGAGCAGUAUUCAGUAUCAGUUGGCAGAAGUAUCAUGUCAAGUAACCGGACGACCUGUGGUCACCACAAGUGCCGCCCCCUGCACAGACUUGAUCGCUGAGUGUGGCCUCUUCGAUGCAGAGGUAUGCAAGUUGAACUUGUUCGAUGCCCAGACCCAAUGUCCACUGACUUGCGGAAUGUGUACCCCAACAGGAAAAAGAGAGGCUGUAGACCGAGCCACAGCAAAGCCAAUAAGGUGGCAGGAUGGAUGUCCUAUUUGGCCACUUCGGCCAGAGUGUUCACUGACCAAACCGAGUGAUGGCAGUUGUCCGUUCCCUCUUUGCUCUUGAAGUCUUGGGAUAACAGGCUUUCCUUUCUCUUUUCCU